AUGCCUGGAAUCACCAACGACAAUAGUUUGACAGAUGGCGAUGCGUUUCCCCUUCGCAAACCACUGUUUGUGGCACAGCCGCCUCUGGGGGGUGAUGGUCGCCCAGUGCUCCGGAAAGUCCUGAUUGCGAACCGUGGUGAAAUCGCCUGCCGAAUUAUCAAGACAUGUCGCAAACUGAAUAUUGGCAGCAUAGCGGUUUAUGCUGAUGAGGAUGCAUUGUCACGUCAUGUUACGGAUGCCGACGAGGCCAUCAACAUCGGGAGCAUUGAUAAAAGGAAGGUGAACCCUUUCUUGGACAUCGACCUGCUGGUACAGACGGCACUAUCAGCAGGUGCCCAGGCUAUUCAUCCUGGUUACGGAUACCUCAGCGAGAAUGCCGACUUCGCGAAUCGCGUCCGUGGUGCCGGUCUGAUCUUCAUCGGGCCAUCCGCCAGUGCUAUGUCAUCACUAGGCGACAAGAGAUCAUCGAAAGUCUUCUUAAGUGAACACGCCCCAGAGGUUCCCUUGAUCCCUGGAUUUUCAGGCUCGAGUCAGGAUGCGGAAGCUCUCAAAACAGCAGCAGAAGAGAUCGGGUUCCCAAUCAUGGUCAAAGCUUCCGCUGGAGGAGGAGGUAAGGGCAUGCGCAUUGUCAGGGAGGCUGGUCAAUUGAAAGACGAGCUUGCGCGUGCACAAUCCGAAGCCAGUCGCUCAUUCGGCUCAAGCGACUGCAUUCUGGAAAAGUACAUUGAGAACAGCAAGCACGUGGAGAUCCAGAUUAUGGGCGACUCACACGGCAAAGUCGUUUCGUUUUUCGACCGAGACUGCUCAGUGCAACGCCGGCACCAAAAGGUCAUCGAAGAAACGCCAUGUCCAUUCUUGGAUGACAAGACACGACGGGAGAUGAGUGAUACCGCGGUUCGGAUUGGCUCCUUGAUCGGGUAUGAGAAUGCUGGCACUGUUGAAUUUAUUUUCGAUGUGUCAACAGGUAGAUUCUAUUUCCUGGAGGUCAAUGCCCGGCUACAAGUGGAGCAUCCUAUCACCGAGGAGGUAACUGGCUUUGAUCUGGUAUCUUUGCAACUUUUCGUCGCUGCCGGUGGAAACCUCAGUACUAUCCCAGCUCUGGAUAACGUCACCCAGCACGGUGCGUCUAUUGAGUGUCGCCUGACGGCUGAAAGUCCGCAAAACAACUUCCUCCCAGAGCAUGGCAAAGUGCACUUGUGGCUUCCUGCUCCUGGUGUUCUGUCCCCGGGAAGGGAUAUUCGCUACGAGACAGCUAUUCGGAGUGGAUCAGUGGUGUCAAUUUAUUUCGAUUCCAUGAUUGCCAAGCUGGUCGUCUGGGCACCUACGAGGUCUCUCGCCAUCGAGAAGAUGAGAAUGGUUCUUUCUCUUACCGCUUGUGUUGGAGUGAGAACAAACCAACUCUUUCUCCAAGCCUGUUUAUCGAACAAAGAGUUCCAUGACCCGGCUUACACAACGUCUUUCAUCCCGAACAACAUUGAGCAGCUUCUCCAACCAUGCUUCCUGCCAAAGGCCGCUGACAUUGAGCCUGUUCUUUCUAUCAUGUCAAGCUUAGCGGUUCGAAAUCUACCUGACUAUGUAUCGAAGUCUUUGCAGACAAAGCCAUUCCAUAACGUGCGGAGACAGUUUCGAAACCAGAGACUCGAUCCUGUUAACGUGCACUGUGACGUGAUUACCGCAGUUGAUUGGCCUUACCACAACAAGAGCAAGGAAACUAUUCCAAGUUCGCUGUGUAUCUGGAAGGCUCAGAGCCUGGAGUCACCAGCUGACAUAGCAGAAGCUUUUGUUGUGUCUAUGCCGGAUGACAAGGACUUCGAGAAUGAUUCGAAAUCUGCCGCCACUGAAGUUUCUAUGAAGUACAACCAGAUCAGUCAGGAGAUUCGCAAAGGGGAAUAUGUCAACUCAAUUCCAUACAAAGCUUGCAUAGAAUCAUGGCAGCCGGCAGAGGGUAACACGGCUGUCGUAGAGUCGUGGCUUUCUUCCAAAAUGACUGUGUCCAUCAGUGGUGUGAAAACAUCGGCUUAUGUUUGCCUUCCUUCGGUUCGCCCGCACACGCUUAUCGGACAAGUGGAUCAGAGCCAGCAAAUCUACUGCCAUAUCCCGGCGAUUGGGACUUAUGUUGAGAUGAAACGUGACACGCUACUCUCAUUUGCGGGCAGUAUUCGAUCCAUUGCCAAGUCCAAGGAUGACCCUGAGCAGAAGACCGUGACGGCACCAAUGCCCUGCAAGGUCCUUUCUAUUCUGAAAAGCAAUGGAGAUUCUGUCAAUGCUGGAGACUCUGUCAUGAUCAUCGAAAGCAUGAAAAUGGAAAUCAACAUAGCGGCUUCGUCUACUGGUAAAUUUGAGACGAAGUGGAAGGAAGGGGAUGCCGUUGAAGAUGGAAAGGUUCUUUGCACUGUUGUCUAG